AAUAGCUGGGAGACCAGAAAGCGACGGUCUCCGCCCCUGGAUACGCUCCAGCCAUACACAACGUCGGCGGAGAUUCUGGAGCGAUUGAAAUAGCGGUCCAAGUAACGCCGCAUGGCUGGGGUUAAGGGGGUCGUAAAGGAACCACUGGAUCCAGUCAGUCAGAACAAGAUCUUCACUGAGACGGUCCAGAAAGAGCUGCGAUGCCAGCGCCUGCAUACCGAGUAUGCGUUAAACCCGCUCAUAAAAGUUCAUGCCUUAACUGGGAAACCUGCCUCUUGGCAUGAUAACUUAGAGGAACCUGAAGAUGCUGAAUUCCUACAGCUUAUUCAUCAUGCUGCACUUGAGCCCCCCAAGAAAUACUCAGAACCACAAAGUGAAAGUCAGGAAAUUGGUUGGUUUUCCACACCAUUGAUCAGUAUCAACCGGAACGAUACUAGGCUGCACUUCCCAAGUCGGAGCACUGAAAUCAGCAGGUACAUGGCUGCUUUGUGGCGCCUGAAGCAGAUGACCAAAAGUAAAUAAGGGCAUAGUAACAUUGCGGGAUCUUACUGUGAAGAUGUUGUAAUUGGUUAUUUUAAGAAAGGAAGCUGUCUUGCCCUUUGAACUUUUAGCGGUUACAAUAAACUUGUUCCCAAAUUGUGUGUAUGUGUUUCAUAAGAUACCUAGGCAAUGAAUUUCUCAUCCGUAACUACGCCAUCUGUCUGAAUACUUAUAUGCAUGAA